AUGUCUCUCAAACCCAUCACCGUCUACGGCCAUGCCAGCGGCCCCAACCCUUGGAAAGUCAUUAUUGUCCUGGAAGAGCUGAACAUUCCCUACACCCACAAGAUGGUCAACCCGCCCGACAUGAAGAAAGAGCCCUUCGAGUCCAUCAACCCCAACGGCCGCGUCCCCGCAAUCGAAGACCCAAACACAGACAUCACCCUCUGGGAAUCCGGCGCAAUCGUCGAAUACCUGGUCGAGACAUACGACAAGCAGAACUCCAUCAGCUUCGCCCCCGGCUCCAAGGACUACUACUUCGCCAAGCAGUGGCUGCAUUUCCAGAUGUCUGGCCAGGGUCCUUAUUUUGGCCAGGCGUUCUGGUUCAAUCACUACCACCCCGAGAAGGUGCAGAGCGCGAUUGACCGCUACAUCAAUGAAAUCCGCCGUGUCUCGGGCGUGCUGGAUCGUGCCCUCCAGGGAAAGCAGUAUCUUGUCGCUGAGAAGUACUCGUUUGUCGAUGCUGCUUUUGUACCAUGGUAUCUGCUUGCUGCAAAUUUCAAUCUCGAUCUGGAGAAUAAUUACCCCAACCUUGCUGGUUGGUUGAAGCGUUUGCAGGAGCGUCCUGCUGUUGCUAAGGCGAUUCAGGAUCGGGCCGAGGCUUGUGCGCAACAUUAA